UGCAGGCGGAGAGAAGCCGAGUCCGCGGCCGCCGCGCUGGCGCGCAGCCGUACCGUUGACCGCGCCUCUCCGCGCCUCCCCCCACAAGCCUUCGCGGGAUGGCAUCGGCGGGAGGGGGCGGGGCCGGGCGCGCGGCUGCAGCCUCCGCCGCGGCCGCCGGCGCUGCGGCCGGAAACAAUAGUGGAGGAGCCCGAGCCCCGCGGAACUGCUCCUGCGGCGCGCGGAGCCCACGGGGCACUAUGAACGCGGAGGAGCAGUUUGUAAACAUUGAUCUGAAUGACGACAACAUUUGCAGUGUUUGUAAACUGGGAACAGACAAAGAAACCCUCUCCUUCUGCCACGUUUGUUUUGAGCUAAAUAUUGAGGGAGUACCAAAAUCAAAUCUCCUGCACACCAAAUCAUUAAGGGGCCAUAAAGACUGCUUUGAAAAAUACCAUUUGAUUGCAAAUCAGGAUUGUCCUCGAUCUAAACUUUCAAAAAGUACUUAUGAAGAAGUUAAAACCAUUUUGAGUAAGAAGAUAAACUGGAUUGUACAGUAUGCACAAAAUAAGGAUCUGGAUUCUGAUUCUGAAUGUUCUAAAAAUCCCCAGCAUCACUUGUUAAAUUUCAGGCAUAAGCCAGAUAAGAAGUUACUCCCACAGUUUGACUCCCAAGUUCCAAAGUAUUCUGCGAAGUGGAUAGAUGGAAGUACAGGCGGGCUCGCAAACGGUUCACAAAGAAUAUUGGAGCAGAGGGGAAAUACAGACUUCGAGCUUGCAGUGUUGCAAGAUUCAGGUGCCACUCUAUGCCACAACAGUGUACUGUGGCCUCACAGUCACAACCAGACACAGAAAAAAGAAGAGAUAAUCUCUAAUCCGGAGGUUGAUGUCGGGACCCAGCAUCCACGGUACAGCAGAGAGGAAUUGAAUUCGAUGACUCUUGGUGAGGUAAAGCAACUGAAAGCAAAGCUCCGACAGGAAAUACAGGAAGUUUUUGAAGAGUUGACGCAUCAAGUUCAAGAAAAAGAUUCUUUGGCCUCAGAGCUCCAUGUCCGCCACGUUGCCAUCGAACAGCUUCUCAAGAACUAUUCCAAGUUACCGUGUCUGCAAGUGGGGCGAACAGGAAUGAAGUCACACUUACCCAUAAACAACUGAACUAACUUACACUUACUUCCUUUGCCCUCAUGCCCCUACCAUUUAUUGGUCGGCUAGGCAUGCCAACUUUGAAGACGAAGAAAGUUACAGUCCAUUUUUUUUAUGGUCAUUAAAUUUGCAAAGCUGAAGGCAGUAUUUAACAUCUUUGUCAAAUAAAGCAGAUCAUUACACUCUUAGUCUUCUAGGAUUAAUCAUUAUGGUUUGUUUUGGGAAUCUUUCUUCCCAUAAUUACUAAAUGACCCUGCUUAAUUUACCACAUGUGACUAUUGUUACAGUGUGAUUUUAUUAAACAUAUUUUAAUGUAAUUCACUUAUCAAGACAAUAGAAAAAUUUUUAAAAACUCCUUAGAUUAGUCUGAACUACUAAAGAUAAUUUUAAGAGGGAAAUGGAAUUCAUAAUACACCUAUUUAUUAUGAGCAAUAUUUUAAUAUGAAAAUUUUAUAUAUAAAAAUGCUAUUUUAGGUACCUUUCCAUUCUCUUUAUAAAUGUGUAUUUGAAUGCCACUGUAUAUUAUAUUUACACUUUCCUGUGUGAAUAUGUUCAUCCAUAUUUCAUAUCACUGUAUUUUAUUCUCUUAAUACACUCUUUUUACUAUUACCUUGUUAUCCAAAGAUAAAUGUAUUUUGGAGUAGAAAUCUAUCUAGUUGAAGUGUUUUGACUUCUGAUAAAUCUUAUGAAAGAGGAAUUAAUAACUUUUUAAAGCAAGUAUCCAAGAAAAAAAAAAAAGGACGUUAUUUUUUUCUAACAAAAGCAGUCUGAGUUAGUUAAGGAAAAUGCUAAUCUAGUUUUCAUAUGUCACCUUGUCUCCAUAGAAGUAAAAGCCUCUCUACUUCAUUAUUAUUUCCAUUCUAAUGACUUUGAUGUGUUAGAAUUUGGACAGAGUAAGUCAAGCCUCACUUCCAGGUCAAAUGUAGUAUCUGUCACAUUGAAUGUGCUGCCGGAUUUUUGUCCCAUCUUUGUAAAAAGCUUCAAAUUCUUCUGUUUGCCCCUGCAGAUAAAGUUCAAGAAUCCUUAAACUGUCCACAUUCUCUUAGCAGCAUCACUGAAGUUGGUGCCCAAAGAAAACAUUGUGAGAUAUUUUUUUCUAAACUUUAGAAUUUAAAGAGGAAGAGAAGACUGCUUGACACAGAAAAAUAAAACUGAUUCAAAAACAAUAAGCCCAUUUCGAAGGGAUAUUCUUAAAACUUGCCUGUGAUGUUUCCAACGAAUUCUGAACUAGUUGGUCAUCUCAAACAGCUAGAUAUGUUUUUUAACAAUGUAUUAUGUAGUAAAAGCUAUAACCAGUGCAGAAUUAAAAUGGGCUCUAAAUUCUGUUUUUAGUUGGUGCUUAGAAUGUAUUUAUGAGGUAAGAUUUUUGCUUGAAAGAAUCUGCAGAAAAGCCCAUUAGCUUGGCAGCUUCAUGCAUAAAGAUACGAAUGACUUCUAUCUUAAAUCUGGCAGCCUGCCCUGGCUUGGGUCAGAUUUUAGUCUUGAACACAAACAGUAUUUGACUAAGCAAAGAAACGCCUCAAUCUAGUAGAAAACAACUUUUUGUAAUGAGAAGAUGUGUUAAAUUUGCCUCAGAGUAUUAAUUGAUAUCACAGUUGAUUUUGCUUUGUUUUAAGUAUGAUGUAACUGUUUUUGGAGCUUUUGAAAAAUGUUUUCAAUUUUUCUCGGUUCUUUUGAGUCAUCCAAAAUGAAUUUAAAAUCCAGGGAGUGGGGAUACAUUGCCUUAGUUUUGAUAAGCUUUAAACUGAAUGUGUGCAAUAUCAAAAUCUUUAUAAAUUUACAAGUUGAAUAAAGACAUUUCCUGAUGAUGCCAGUAAAGUGCUUAGUUGUUAGGUCACAGUUUUUUAAUUUGACUUUACUGUCAUUUGGCAUAAUUCAUCAAGAAUGUUACAAGCCAGUGUGCUUGCACACGUUUGUGCUUCUACUUAUAUCGCUUAGGGACAGCCGUCAAAGUUUGGGAUGUGUUGCAUUUGAUACCAGUAGUAGCAUAUUUUCAGAGUAUGAGCCAUAUGGGGCAGUCCUAAAUGCAACAGUAUUAAUCCAAAGAAAAGUGUUUGCUUUGUUUCUGGCAAAUAUGUAGCUUUACUAAUUGAGUUUGGAACAAUUGGGUGGGAUUGUACAUGUACUUAUGGUCUUAAUUGGAGAUUCUGGUUAUUCCAUUUAGAUAUUUCUAUCUAAGCUCUUCAAAGGAAAGGUGCUGUUUAAAAAAAAAAAAAAAUCUGUGGUGCUGGUACUCACAUUAGUACUUUAUUUGGAUGAAUAUGGCAGUAAAAGAAUUUUUUUCUUGAAAGAUUUUGUACAGCAGCUUAUCCACAUAUUUGGUAAACUGAUUCCUGGGUUCGUUUUCUUUCUUUCUUUCUUUUUUUUUUUAAGAUUUUAUUUAUUUAUUUGACACAGAGAGAGAGAUCACAAGUAGGCAGAGAGGCAGGCAGAGAAAGAGGAGAAAGUAGUCUCCCUGCUGAGCAGAGAGCCCUAUGCAGGGCAUGAUCCCAGGACUCUGAGCUGAAGGCAGAGGCUUAAUCCAUUGAGCCACCCAGGCGCCCUAGUUUUCUUGAUUGAAUAUGCAAUUAUUGUAUAUAUGCAAAAAUAAAAAUAAGGGAGAGAGUUAAGUUCUAUCUUGAGAGAACAUGAAAUACUACAAAUAUUAGUUACCAUACUUGGCUAUUCUUCAGUGCAGUUGUUAGUACUUUUUGAGGAAGUUUAGAAGAAAAUCUCGUAUAUACCAUCAGUUUCAAAAACAGCAAAAGGAAGAAGACUGCCAAUCAGCUGUUACUAACAUUUUCAGAGCUUAUAUGAGUCAGAGGAGUGAAAUAAGACUAAUGUUUUUUCAUGUUAGAUUUCAUAAUUAGACAAAUUGAGUUUAAAAAAAUCAACUUGAAGUCGAAAGCAAUUUUGAUCACAUAAGACUAUUCACUUUCAAGAUUAAAGUUUUCAAAUUUGUUCAGACUUUUAAUUAAGUUAAAAAUCUAUUUUAAUUUGAGAUUAUCAUCCUUUGAUCAAAGCAUUUAAUACCCAAAUUGGUCUUUUCUUUUCUUUCUUUCUUUCUUUCUUUCUUUCUUUCUUUCUUUCUUUCUUUUUUUUUUUAAAAAAAAUAAGGCAAGCACUUAGGACCCAGUAACAGGUGAUGAGAGAGCAGAUGAGUGGCAUUUUGUUCCAUCAUGUAGUUCCUUAGAUGUUGGAACAAAGAAAUGUUCUUAGUUCUUCAAGUUUUAUGCUCAUUUCACCACAAAGUGCCCAUUUUUGUAUACACUUGAGAAUUAUUUUUUAAAAUAAGUUCAUGUUGGAAAGUGAUUUCAAAAGUGUAAUCAAAUUGUCUUCUAUUUUGUUGGCAUCUCGACAGGCAUCUUGAGAUUUCUUGGGUUUUUCAUCUGAUCACAUUCUUUACCACUGAAAAUGGUCUAAAGUGCUUUUCUUGUUGAUAUAUUUUUUACCUUGGUGUUUACACUGUUGAAGCUUGUCAAUUUUUGCUAAGUUUUUUUAAAUUAAUUUUGAGGAUCUAUUUGUAUUGUGUUGAUGCUUACCAGCUUGGGUUUCAUUUUGUUUUAGAAGAAAUCUGCUUGUGUUAUUAAAUAUUAUAAAAUGCAAUUCAAAAUGUAUAUGCUCUAAACUUAAGAACUUUUAAAGAAUAAAUUAUUUGUGUAGCUUAUAAGGAGGUUCAGUUGGUGACCAUAAAAUUAGGUCGUGACAUGAAAAUUUUCAAAUGGUACAAUGUAAAGCUCUUAUAGUGUUUUUUUCUGAUUUACUGGGAUAUUGCUUAUGCUGAAGUAAGAUAUCUUAGUAUUUUAAAGUACUUAAUAAAAAGUUUAGUACCCUACCAACUUUUUAAAGAUCUGUUGUUCAGAUGCAGCUGUAAAGCAAGGGCGAUUGAUUUUCAUUUCAGUGUUUAAUUGCAUUUUUAACUUAGGGUUGGUGGAAAUAAUUAUUUGAGGAAAUUUGUGGUGAGAAACAGUAAGGGAUGAAACCUUCAACAGGUUAUUCUUGCCACAUUAAGUUUUGUGGUAGGGAGGGAAAGAGUUUAUUUAGCAGAAUAAUGAGGUACUUGGGCUCUGGCACAAGCAAAGGGGUGGUGGAGGAGGGUUCUAAUCCUGCAGGAUAACGAGGUCUUGUCCGACACAUCAGUGUUCGCCUUCGUUUCAUCCCUUCCUAAUUGUUCUUGUUAUAGUUCAGUCUCACCCCUUCAGCAGCUUGGUUACCUUGCUACGAAACAGUCGUAGCAAGUCUCUAGCACUAAGAUUUUUUUUAGCACCUAGUUUGUAACCUACAUUCCCUAUUCUUGUUAGUUUAAAAAGAACCCAAAUUAUUAAUGCAUUUUGGCAAUAUUGAAUUAGUACACAAUUUUAAGCUUACCCAAGGAAAACCAAAAAAUCUUGAAGAUGAAUACUGAGCCCUCACCCCCUCCAAAAAAGUGUUAGUUGGACUUCCCUCAACUGCAUACCCCUCAAAAGGAAUUUUAGUAAAUGUGUUUUUCUUCAAACAUGUAGAGUUUUUCCAUUCUGCUGCCUCCCAAAGUGGCAAUUUAGAAAAUGUUCCAUAGUGAUUUCUGUUAAGUGCCAUCAUCCCUACUUUUAUAGUUUGUAUGUGUGUGUUAACCCUGUUUUGAAGCUGAGUAACCUAUACUGUGGCCAUUGAACCUAGUCUCUCUUUGUUGUUAGAAAUUUACAGAAUUGUGCUUGAGUCUUUGGGAAAAGAAAAUGAAACUAGGGGUGAAAAACAAGUCCGUUUUAAAAGCGUUUUAGACAUUACCUUGCAUUUUUUUCUUUUAAAACUGCAAUAAUUUAUAUAUUUGUAUUGUUCUGCCUUGGAACUGUAACUACAUAUGCUUGUCUACUUUUUUUAAUUUUGCAACAAUAAAAUAAUAUUUUGUUAUCAGUUA